AUACCGCUCAAAGGUGAGGCAUCCGAGCUGACGGGUGGACUUGCUGGCACCAAAUUAAAAAAAGCAAUGGGUGCAACAAUUGUGUCAACGUUGAACCACCUGAAGGCCAGAUUUAGCAGCAUCCUAGUAGGGGAGCAUUCCCUGGUGAGCACAACACAGGCUGUCAAGGCCUUUAAUAUUUUUAACCACGAAUGCUGGCCUGAAAUGAGAGAAGACCUUGUAGACUAUGGUGCAGAGGAUCUGGACUUUCUGCUCAAUCACUUCUCCAUAGUUCUUCAAAGAAAUUCUGUUGACAUAAACCAAGCCAAGGAGGAAUUUCAAGGUCUCAAAUUGCUGAUUUCACAACUCUUCAUGGACAAGACCUACCUCAGCCUUUGGGAGAUGAUACUAACAAGGGAGCCCUACUGCACUGAUUUCAAGAACGUCCUACACCUUGUUCAAAUUAUGCUGGUCCUCCCAGUCUCAGCUGCAGUGUGCGAGAGGGGGUUCUCCACGCAAAAAAGAAUAAAAUCUGAUGCACGGGCAUCCCUUCAUCCAUCCACAGUUGGAGACUUAAUAAGAAUUCGUGUAGAGGGGCCAAGUCUGGAGGACUUUGACACGAGGGAGAGUGUGGCAGCCUGGUUCAGCCAAGGCCAAAGGGCAAGAAGGCCACAUUACAAGAGUUGGUCAUCUGAGGCUUGAACACACACGCACACACACACACACACACA